CGAAAGUUCCCCUUUGCACCCGCCGCGAGUUAACCUUCUCUGGUCAGGGUCUAGGGGCGCAUAUAUAAAGGGGGGUCGCACUGUUGUGGCAUCAUCAGUCGCACUCCACCAGCCAUGAAGACCACGAGGACCACAGUUUUGCUUAUUGCACUGUGCGCGGUUGCCGCCGCCGUCGAAGAGCCCAAAAAGGACAAACGAGGAAUCGUGGCAAACAACUACGGUUCCAGCGCCUCGAUUUCCUCUGGACUUUCCUCCGGGCUCUCCGGCGCCAGUCAUGGUUCUUCUGGGCUUACGUCUGCCACUGUUGGAGGCCACUCGUCCAGCCUGGGAUCCAGCUACGGACUCGGCUCUAGCUACGGACUUGGAUCAAAUUAUGGACUUGGAUCAAGCUUCGGGCUUGGAUCAAGCCACGGACUUGGAUCGGGCUACGGACUCGGCUCUAGCUAUGGACUUGGAUCGGGCUACGGACUUGGCUCGUCUUAUGGACUUGGAUAUGGCUAUGGAGGCAACGGACUUGGCGGUCUUUCGGGACUCGGUGGAUUCUCUGGACUUUCUGGUCUCUCCUAUGGCGGACUUGGUCUUGGAAACGGAUUGGGAGGAUUUUCUGGUAAUGGCCUUGGCUCCGGUAUUGGCGUUGGUCGCGUUACUGUCAACACUGUGACCGUCCCUCGCGCCUACCCCGUGCCCCAGCCCUUCCCCGUGCAGGUCAACCAGCCCGUGCCCGUCUCCGUUCCUCAGCCGUACCCCGUCAACGUUCCUCGUCCCUACCCCGUCCACGUUCCUCAGGCUGUUCCCGUCACCGUCCCUAGGCCCUACCCCGUCGCCGUGCCCCGCCCUUACCCCGUCAAGGUUCCCGUUCCCCAGGCCGUGCAUGUGCCCAAGCCAGUGCCCGUCUCCGUGCCCCACCCCGUCCCCGUCGCCGUCCCCAGGCCCGUGCCCGUUCCCGUGCCUCAGCCCGUGGCCGUCCCCCAGCCCAUCGCCGUCUCCGUCGGUAGCGGAUCUUCCCUCGGCUCGUCCUUCGGUGGUUCCUCCCUGGGCGGUGGCUCCUACGGUGGAUCUUCCCUGAGCGGUGGCUCCUACGGUGGAUCUUCCCUGGGCGGUGGCUCCUACGGUGGAUCUUCCUUCGGCGGUUCCUCCCUGAGCGGUGGCUCCUACGGAGGUCUGUCCAGCAGCAAUGGCCUGGCCACCUCCUCCGGCAUCCCCACCACCGGCCUCCUGACCACUGACGGCUCUGGCUCGUACGGUUCGUCCUUCGGCUCAUCCUACGGCUCAUCCUUUGGAUCAUCCCUUGGAUCGUCCCUUGGCCACGGAUCUGGUCUGUCAACCUCCUACGGCACCCCUGCCCUGUCCUCCUCGUACGGAAGUCCAUCUUACUCCUCUUACGGAGGCUCGUCGCUCUCCUCCUCUUAUGGAUCUCCAUCCCUCUCCUCCUCCUACGGAUCCCCGUCCUACUCGUCCUACGGAUCAUCCCUGUCCAACUCGUACGGCUCUCCAUCUUUGACCACGUCCUACGGCACCCCUGCCCUCAGCGGACACGGCGGUUCCUCCCUGUCAUCGGGCAGCUACAGCUCAUCUGGAUCGUUGUCCAGCAGCUACGGCGCCCCCUCCAAAUACUAAGUCAGUUCGGCGCACAAUUUGCCGGCGUCAAAAUUUUUGUACCUAGGUGUAAAUUCUGCUGAGUGCAGUGAAUAAAAUAAUUUUUUAUAUUUAUAAAAUACA